UGUGCGGAGUGAGGGUUUCGUUCUCCCCUCGCCGUUUCAUCGACCGGUGUAUUUCCCCGCUUUGGCGUUGCCUGUUGUAUCCUCUAUAGUGAGUGCGAACCUAUUGAAGUGAUAAACGUUAUCACUCAGUGUAGGUCAGUGUCGUUAACAAUGAAACUACAGUGUUAGUGCUGAACAAGUGUAUAAAGACUGGAACUUUUUAAUUAGAUGGAUAUUCUAUCUACCCCUGGAGGUUUCGCUGAAAGAUGAACGGAAUGGCGACUUCUAUCACCGCAUGUGUCGUCUGGCUUCUCAUACAGUGCCUUGGAUCAAGAGUAGCUAAAGGAGCAUGCGAGUUCCCACCCUCCUGGUCCGGACGUUGGUUCCAGAGUGGUGUCCAGCAUCACCUCAUAGUCAACUCCACGUCUAUAGAGACCAAAGGCAACUGUGUCUACCACGAAGGGGACAAAUUCCUUGUAGAAGAUAAGUUAGAUAGGUGUUAUAGGUGUGUCGUUAUUCACGAAAAACACCCGAACGUUCUACAAUACAAAGAAACGUUCUGUGUUAACAAACAUGGCGGCUUGGAUGACUUGUGCAUGCAAAUCACCGGAGAUGCUCCUCUCUACUCCAUGUUCCGAUAUGAUGCUACCCCCACCCCGUGCCCCUUUAGGCCCCCCUUUACUUUCACCUACAACAGGGGGUCUGGCGACUGCAAUUCACCAGUGUCAAGGGCCGACGCUUGCACGGAAGACUCAAGACUCUUAUUGAGGUACCAGGCUUGUGCGGACGUCCACAACUCUGAAAGUACAGUGGAGGAGCUGGUGUGUCUCGCCUACUGGAAGGACGGCUCUACGCGGUAUCUGGUUGGCCAGCUGCAGCACAAGAUGGCCACCACUGACGAGGACAGGUACCGCUGCUUCGUGUGGGAGAGACGAGCCUACAGCAAGACCAAGGUGGCAUUCGACGUGGCGCAGUCUGGAGAUGCUACGUGUAAUGGACUACUGUCGCCAACUGAGGGGUCCAGGACCAUGAGGCUGACCAAGGUCGAGUCACACCACCACGGAGCAGAGUCUAAGUCAUGCAGGUUUCCACGAUGGCUCACGGAGCAUCACCAGUGGCACACCCUCGACCACAAGAAGACCUUCCACUUCUCUCCGAGGAACGCCACUCUGAAGGAGAGCGACAGUGGAAGCAGUUCCAAGGUGCAGAUGAGAGCAGUCUGUCAUGCUUACGAAACAGAUUCGGAUACACAGGCCAAGAUAAUAGCUCACGUCACUACAGGCUGCCACAGCGGAUACUCUUGUUUCCUAUUUUACAAGAGGGACGGACACGUCAUUGAGCUCCAGCAAUCAUCCAACAGGACGUUUCUGCCAGAGGAUGCAUGCAGUCCAUCCAACUUUAACCCUCAAAUUUUACCGUUUACAACUCUAAUAACGGCAACACCUGAAGUGCGCCAAUGUCCCUUCAUGGGACGUUACCUAGUCACAGAGGGCAACGCUCCCAGCGCCUCCAAACAGCUGUUGGAAGAGAAGAUCACCUGCGACCAACAGUACCAGGGGGCCAUGUUGGGCUGUGGCCCUGGUCACACCAUGAAGUUCUACUCCCAAUGCAGCUCCGAGGCAGUCUCAGCCUUCUCCUGCCACGCAGUCUGGUCGGAUACCAACGCGACCACAAGAUACCUGAUAGCUUCACCACAGAGUCGCAAGUCCGGCGGCGCGCACAGGAUCUGCUUCGUCAUGUACAACUCCGCCGAGAGUGGACAAACUGCGCUACUACAAGUUGCCACAGUCACUGAGAGCUGUCAUAGGCAUGUGUUUUCAGGUGCAGCUGGCCAGUACUGGUCCUUCAACAUGACAGAGUUCGGCAAAUGUGACUCCGGAGGGGGUAAGCUGUGGCCGUUACCACCCCUACUGUACCUAGCCGUCACAUUAUCACUACUCAGCCCUCUGUUAUCAGCGAGGUGAUGCUAGUUCCUCCACCCUCUCAACAUAGUCCAACUGAUCUAUGCUUACUUAGGAGGCUUCGACGGCACUUAACAACACGUCCUUCUACAGGUCCACAGGUCGUCCUUAUACUAACGCCGACAUUGUAACAAAUCCAGGAAGAAAUGGAACAGCCGAAUUAGUUUAGUGUUCGUCAGAGGGAGACUUUCAAAACAAUGGAAACGUGAUGGUGCUAAAGUGUAAAAUAAGAAGCUAGAAUGUUUUCCUGGACUUUGACGUUUUGUACUCAUUUGGUGUACGACCGCUUUCGUAUUUAUUUGGUGUAAGAUGUAAGGGAGAGUGUAUAGUUGUCCCCUUUUGGGCAAAUUCGUGGGGAACAGGGGGAACAUUGUAAAGCUUGUUUUGUAUCUGAAAUAUCGAAAGUAUUUUGAGGAAAUAGUGGUAAAUGACUGAUAUAUUUGUUACAAGACAUUCCUGACAGCAGUUCCUUUUCGCCGUUAGAUGUUUCUUUAGUGUUUCGUUUCCGCUUCAAUGUUUUCUGUGGGACGGGAUUGUAAUUUUUAUACAACGAAAGAAUAUUUUUCACGUUGCUUUCGUGGUUUUGUACAGAGGUGUAUGAAAGUCGGUGAUAUUUAUAACUAAGAGUAAACCUAGACCGCUCUGAAUACUCGUUACCAAGCUUUCAAUAGUUGUUACAUACGAGUUAUUUCCUUAGUAUUAUUUAUUUUCGAUCUUCGUUUGUACUUAGCUAUUCGGUGAUCGUCGCCAUAUUUGUGUAACUAUGUAUAUUUCUCUUGAUUGUAUGUUUCGUUGUUUCCGUAUCGCUUUGGGGUUAAAGACAUUACCAAGUGACCAAGGUCCGAGGGACUACGUGCAUUGUAUAGUUGUUAAUAAUAUUACUAUUGAUUAUUCUCAUAAUUUGUUCUAAAGCUAAUGAAAACGAAAUAUAUAUUUUACAACAA